AUGAAUACGGCAAGAUCAUCAAAACGAAAAGCGAGUGUAUGUGGGGCUUCCACAAAACUAGCUAAGCAGACAAAGCUCAAUUUCAAUCCAGCAAACAAUGCAAACCAAAUAACUGUCAUCUCCGCUAUCCUUGAGUUCAUUUGUGGCGCUUGCAUGCCUUUUUCUAUUGUUGAAAACCCGUCGUUUUGUUCGCUUAUUAAAACCUUGCAACCGAAUUGCACUGUGCCGACUCGCAAAACUGUGAAGUUAAAACUUGAUGGCAUGGCAAAGACAACAAAAGAAAAUCUCUGCAAAGAAUUCUUAAAUGUUACUCAUGUUGCAACAACAACGGACUCAAUUGGAUACCUCGUACCGACCAUUACCAUUCUUAAAGAUAAGCUUAUUAAAAAGAAAGAGAAUGCGUCCUGUGCUGCAAUAACUGCCCUAGCGGAUGCCCUCAUCGAUGGUUUAGACCGCCGUUUUGCACGCUACCUAAAUAAUGGAGAGAUGAUCGCUGCUGCUCUUCUCCAUCCCUGCUUCCGAAAGGGUUGGCCUAUUAAUGACACACAAAUGCAAGCAGGUACUUUUGACAAUGCAAGUAACCAAUACUAACUAUAUACCAGUACCAGUUUCCAUUUAACUAGGUUGCUAAAUGUUGUGUACAUGCACUGCAUUGCGAGGCUGAGAGAUUGCUUUCUGUUCAGGUAAAGAAUACAUUUUCGAAAAUGUGGUCACAGAAGGGGUGAACAACCAUGAAAACAACAACAAAUCCGCCACGGCUGGUAAUGAUUCUGACAGCGACGAUUUCUUCGCAAGACCAAGCACCAUGACCUGCGACAGCAAAAGUAUGCUUAUGGAUUGGCUCAGUCGACCUCCAUCAGAGCGCCUGGCAGUCGAGGAAUUUACUGCAUUUAAGCCUCUCCUUCCGCUGUUUGUGGCAACAAACACUGGACUUCCGUCCAGUGCCUCUGUGGAACGUCUAUUUAGCUCCGCUGGACGUAUAUUCCAGCCAACGAGG